CAACAGUAUCAGAGAUGGAGUCCAUUUAGCUCUUGAUAUUAAUGGUCGUUAUAUAAAGCGUAGUGGCUCCUUGUUUCAGUAUCCUGAUCCCACGACUAGUAAACUGAUUGGAUCAUUUGAAGGAGUGUCAGUCACAGCUAUUAGUCACUUCCCUUUAGCAGCUGGUCUUCUGGUUGGAUACAGUUUUGGCGGUUUUCAGUUGUAUAGUCUCCUUGACUCCACUCUCCUUUAUUCCCUCCCUCUCCUUAUACGCCGUUUGCCUACCCCCGUCACUCACUUUGCUGUUCAAGAACCCGAGAACGAUCCAAAGAACUUUCUAUACGUUUGGGUAUCUCGCAACGGCCCCAAGGCACAACAUGUUUUUGGUUCAUCUCCUUCAGUCACUAUGUACCAGAUGGGUUUUAAGAAGAAGACGGACUACCCCAAUACAGUGUUAUACCAAGUGAUUGAAGGUUGCAACAGAAGAUUCGAGCACACAAUGUGGCCAUACCACAAUACCAGUGCAGUAAUGGUCAACUCCUCUACUAUAAUGAGGGUAUUGCCGCUAGUAAAAGGUACUUCGCAUGUUUCAACUCCGCCCAUUGACAGUACGUUGGUGAUGUUUAUGUGUCGCGGUGUGGAGGAGGAGGGACGAGGGAUGGUGGCAAUUUUUGAUUUGAAUGGUUGGUAUAACUCGCAGAUGCCACUGCAUCCUGGCUGGAGUGACACUAACAAAUUAGGUCGUAAAACUUGUCCUUUUCUAAUUCAGUUUGAAGUAUCAAUGGAUCACGGUUGUAUUCUGAAUUGUUCUACCGGUCUGGUCUCAGUUGAUAAGAGUGUAUUGUUCCAGGUUGAGUCUCGGAGUUUUCUAGAAUCACUAUCAAUGAGUUUUAAUAUCAUCUCAAAUGAAGAGGUCGGCAUCUUUCAAUUGGAAGGUCUUCGUUCUCAAGUAAUCACAGAGUUACUAACCCAUGGUCCAGCAGUGAUGUCCAACCCACAGCACUACCUCUCAGAGCUACAGUGUGUCGGAUUGGUACCAAUACUGGGCGGGGCAAGUGAACCAGGGUCUAGUUUAGUGGGCGGAGUCAUUCAAGGACUGACUGAGAUGCAAUAUUUCAUUCUAUCCGUCUGUCUUCAGCAUGGACUUCAGUCUGUACUUAUGGGCGUGGCUGAGUCGUGUGUUGUUGCUGGUUAUCAGCUGUCAUUAGAGAAUAUGAUUGAAUGGAUCAGGAAGACGGUAGAGGAGCUUGUAACUGAGAAGAAUAACCUGAUUGAUAGACUACUCUUUGGUGAUGAGUUCCAUCCAGCUGUUCUAUCUUACGCUAAUCUUCUUUGUAAGUGCUUCUCUGUCCUUGUUAAAGUGAUUGAGACACUCUCUACUGAAACUGAUGGAAGCAACGAUGAUAUCUCAUAUCUAUACUGCACUGCUAAUAUACACAAUGAGAUUAUGAAGACGACUCACUGGUUAAUGGACACAGAACUCCUUCCUCAUUUAACAGAUGCUGCUAUGGAUUGUGAUGCUUUAGAUGAUGAUCGCUUUGUUUUUCCUUCCAACGAACUAGCAAGUAGAUAUGAAGACAUUUCUGACAAGAGAGAAAAUUUUGGAUUGGCUCUUGAUCAUUUGAUUCGUGGUUUAGAGUUUGUUGAUAAAGUCCCGUUUCACUAUCCAGCAGCAGAUAUCAGUUGUUUAUUGAAAGCUAAAGCCUAUCCUGAUUCACUCUCCCAGCAGUUAAUAAUAUUGUAUAUUUUAUUGGACGUGGCCACUCCUCCUGGUGAUGCUACUCUUGCUCGUCAGUAUUGUAAAAGUUUUCACUUGGACUGCAUUGAUCUGGCGGUCAUGAUCUGGAAUAUAGAUCACGGGACUGUACCACCAAACAUUACUGAUAGAAGAUUGAUCCAGUUUGAAUCAAUUUUUGAACUAGCUGUUUUGCGUCUCUUGUCCGAAGGUAUGGUAUCGGAAGCCAUUGGUUACCUCUUUGAGUGUAAGGGUGAUACCUACCCUCACCUCCGGAUUAGGGCCUAUACUGCCGGGGGUAACGUCACUAGAGCUUCAAGAAUACUGGAGUCGUCUGUUGAUUCUGAUGAUUAUGGAAUGUUAUUGGAGUGUUUUGUCAACAGUUGUCUCAGUCACUCUUCCGAACACGGACUUAAACUUGUACGGAUGCAACUACAUGACAAGCUACUGGUGAGUUAA